AUGGGGAACACUUCCACAAAGGAACGCUCGAUGACGCCCCCGCACGGAGGCCACCAUCAUCUCUCGUCUACAGCCCUUUCCUCGCGAAGGAACGGUGGUGGUAACAAUGGUGGGCCAUCGUCUUCCGGUCGCCUUUCGGGCACUCUGCUCUCUAGUGGGGGCGCGGGAAGCAGCGAGAGCUAUUCAAGCAGGGGGAGGUCAAGGCAUAAUCUAGAGAGUUCACUGUUCGGACUAGGCCUGACAAGUAGAGAGACAAGGGAGCGGGAUAGAGAGGCCGAGAAGGAGGCAAGAGAGCAGAGGAAGAUAGAGCGAGAAAAGGAACGACUGAAAGAACGUGAGAGGAGUCUCAGGGAGGAAAGCGUAGAUGGGGGUUUCCUGGUCACGCAGGGAGUUUAUACCGGUGUUGAGGACUUCAAGGAUAAGAUUGUUCGACAUUUAAUGAUCGAGCGACGGCUGGCACCUUUCUUCAAAGGGCUCGAUGACCACGAGCCUGACUGGACCGACGCACAGCUUGUUGCUGCUGUCAAAGGAUUGCCCAUUCCUUCACCGGAUGCACAAAUACACACCGAGACAAAAUCUCGAUCUCCCACUUCUCGUUCGCGUUCGCAAUCCUACACCUCUGAAGGCUCCAACAGAACUGUCGAUGGUCGCCCUAUAGAGGCCGUGCUCUACAAAAAUGCAACAGAAUGUCCAAUUUGCUUUUUAUAUUACCCGCCAUAUUUAAAUAAAACAAGGUGUUGCGACCAGGACAUUUGCUCAGAAUGUUUUGUCCAAAUCAAGCGACCAGAUCCCCACCAUCCAGAACACCAUGAAGGGGAUCAGCCAACCGCGUCUGAUGAAAACGCUUUAACAGGUACGGCAGAUCAACUCAUUUCCGAACCGGCAACUUGUCCCUUCUGCGUAGAGCCCGAGUUCGGUGUUAUAUAUACCCCACCGCCAUUUAGGCGGGGUUUGAUGUUUGCCAAUUCUCAAUCUCAAAACCAAAUACCAUCUCCAAUGAAUUUUGGGUUCGCUGAUGGAUCCUCUUCGUCUCUACCGGGUCAUUGUUCGGGGACGCCACCAUCUUUUCCGUCAAGUCCAAUUACACCCACAGGAAAGCGACGCUUGGCAUUGGGUGUAAAUAACCCUGAAGUUGUCACAACUGACCGCAUCCGACCCGACUGGUCCCAAAAGCUUGCCACAGCACGCUCUCAUGCUGCUAGACGAGCAGCAGCAGCAACUGCUUUACAUACAGCAGCAUAUCUUAUGGGCCCUCACAAUCCACCAGCCAGCUCAAGCAGUACCAGCGAAAGUGAUACCCCUUCGCCGGCUCAAAGUGGAACUGGCACUCCUAGAGAUGGCCACCAUGGUGCCGGGGGAUUAACUAGUCUGACAAGCUUCACGGAAAGAUUAACAGGCUCGGGAAAUUUCCGAGAUGGAUCCACAUUAGGGCCCUCAAGUGCCCAUCGUGAUAGCAGCUUGUUCAAUGAGCGAAGAAGUCGUGUGAUCGAUCUGGAGGAAAUGAUGUUGAUGGAGGCUAUCCGUCUUUCUCUUGCGGAGGAGGAAGAACGGAAGCGGAAAGUCGAACUGGAAGAGCAGAAAAAACGUCUUGCCGCCCCUAGCAUUUCUACUAGAAAUGGGUCAAAUAUUUCUCUCGCCAGUAGCAGUGGUAGUGUCGAAGGUAAGGGUAAAAGUGUCGACCGAUCUUUAUAUCCGCAGGCCAGCGCUGCCGGCGCUUCAUCUUCUUCAGCAGUAACUACCAACUCUCGCCCGCAACUUACAAGUGGGGGGUCAGGAUCCGGAUCCGGAGCUAGCGACACAAGUAGCUUUAGGAGCCUCCCGGGGAGCGACGAUGAAGGGAUGACCUCCGAGAAUGCGGGGAGUGGAACAGAGACAAUGUUCAACUUUCGCAGUUUGGCGGAGAUGAUUGUCGAGGAAGAAGGAGGGAGGGUUGACGUCGAUGGACAGGGCGAAUUUGUAGGGGUGUCGAGGGACGAGGAGAGAGAGGGUAAAGAAGACGCCGAGACUGCUGAACACGUCGAAGAUGUUGCCCAUGAUUUGAGGGCAAAUGGGAAGAAUGUUACUGAGAGAGCAACCGAAGCUUAA